AUGGCGCUACUAGUAGCAGCACGAUUAGCGAAUGGCGGGGGAGGAAAUGAAGGAAAUAGGGGACUUGGUCAUCAGUCUCCACAGCAACGACGGCUAACUGCCCGGCCAGCAGUGGCAGUCGAUGUGCAGAGCAUAUUGACCGAAGAGUUCCCGCCGUGGUCCGAUGCAACAUUACCAACAAGUACAAUUCCAAGCACACCAACAACUCCUGCUCCUGCUCCUGCGGCCAGCGACCGGCCAUUCCACGAAUCUGCGAGUGCAUCCGUAUCUGCAUCAGCCGACCUAGCAUCGUCUCCCAUCUCCAGGCCGUCGUCCUGGGCCCGUCUCCGCCUCCGCACCAGACGCCCUCGCCCUCCCACAGCACCUCCAGCUCCCGAUCUCGCCAUAGCUUUCCACCCACACCGCCGCGGUCACCCCGACGUGCAUGCGGCCCGCGUCCAGCGGUCGGCCACACUUUCUGGCUUGCCCCUGACAAAAAAGGACUCGCUGAGGGAGCCCAAGUCCAAGAAGUUCCAGAGGCGAUCCCUCUCGUCCAACGCGUCCUCCGAAUCUGCGGUCAACUUGACCAGGAUGGAUCACAAAUGGAUUAACGUCCAGCAGAAGACGUUCACCAAAUGGCUUAACACCAAGAUUGAGUCGAGAGCAUUGGUUGUGAAAGACUUGGUUACCGAUCUAAGUGACGGUGUUAUUCUUAUACAUUUACUCGAAUGCCUGUCGAACGAAUCGUUAGGACGAUAUGCUGCGAAACCGAAGCUACGGGUCCAGAAAUUCGAAAAUGCCAACACGGCUCUCGACUUCGUCAAGUCGAGAGGAAUCCAGAUGACCAACAUCGGCGCAGAGGAUGUGGUCGAUGGCAACAGGAAGAUCAUUCUUGGGUUAAUAUGGACCCUCAUUCUGAGGUUUACCAUCAGUGAUAUCAACGAGGAGGGCAUGACAGCAAAGGAGGGCCUGCUGUUAUGGUGUCAACGGAAGACGGCCUGUUACGAUGAAGUGGACGUCCGCGACUUCAGCGCAAGCUGGAACGACGGCCUCGCCUUCUGUGCGUUACUAGACAUCCACCGCCCGGAUCUGAUCGACUACGAUGCGCUAGAUAAAAGGGACCACCGGGGCAACAUGCAAAUGGCAUUCGAUAUCGCUCAUAAGGAGAUCGGUAUCCCCGCCCUGCUGGACGUGGAAGAUGUCUGCGACGUGGCAAAGCCCGACGAGAGGAGUCUGAUGACAUAUAUUGCCUACUGGUUUCAUGCGUUCUCGCAGAUGGAGAAGGUCGAGAAUGCUGGACGGCGUGUGGAGAAGUUUGUUAACAACAUGCAAGGGGCGUGGGAAAUGCAGCACAACUACGAAAGGAGAAUGGCUGCACUGUUGCAACAGAUGAGGGAGCAGAUCGAGCAGUGGCAGCAAGCACAGUUCGAAGGAACAUACGUCGACGCCAAGCAGCAAGCCGCCGAGUUCGCGUCUCACAAGAGGGGCAAGAAGAGAGACUGGGUUGCGGAGAAGAGUGAGCUGGCAACACUAUUAGGCAACAUCAAGACCAAGUUGGGUACAUAUCGACUCAGAGCCUAUGAACCUCCGCCGGAGUUGUCGUUAGACAACAUGGACAAGGAGUGGGCUACCUUGACCAAGGCCGAGGUGAUGCGUGGCCAGCUCAUCAACGAGACGAUCCGAGACAUCAAGAACGGUCUUCGCAAAUCUUUCGCGGAUAAAGCCAACGAUUUCGCUCUAGCUCUGAACACGAUGCAAGUUGCCAUCUCCGGUUUGGAAGGAGAAGUAGAAGACCAACUUCUUCAUGUACGGAGAAUCAGUGACAAUCUACCGCCCUUGGACGCCUAUUUGGAGAAGAUUGAAGUCGUCGAUGCCAAGUGUCAGGAAGCCAACAUCGAAGAAAACGAUUUUACGACCUACACCUACGACGAGCUGUCCUAUGAGCUCGGGCUCGUCAAAUCCUCUGUGCAGAAGAAGCUCUCCUUCCUGGAGAACCAGCUAGUAGCACGGAACAUGACGAAUCUCACGCCUAUUCAACUUGAGGAGUUCGAGUCCGUUUUCCGCCAUUUCGAUCGAGACGACACCAACUCCCUCUCGGAGCUGGAGUUUUCGGCUGCCCUAGCAUCUCUAGGGCUGGUGUUUAGUGAAGACGAGAUGCAUGACUACUUCAUGGAGACGUCUAAUAACUGCGAGCGGGUGACGUUCGAGCAAUUCAUCCGGUUCAUGGUCGAUGUGACCGAGGACCAGAACACAGCCGAGCAAGUCUUCCAAUCCUUCCGAGAGGUGGCUGACGGCAAGCCUUACGUGACUGAGAUGGACCUACGGCACUCUCUGGUGCCCGACGAGGUCAUCGAGAAGCUAUGCGAGAUCGUCCCGCAACACCAUGGGCCCGAUAUGUCGGAGGACCGCGGCGUUCCGCAAUACGACUACAUCAGUUUCAUGGACAAGUUGAUUGCUGUACCACCAGGUGGCACCGGCAGCGCGCUGCAGGACAUCACGAACGGACAGAUUAGCCCGACGAAGUCCAACGGCAAUCACUGA